AUGGGUCAACUGUGUGGACGGUGCAUGCAGCUGCUGCGCGACUUCGUGGCCUUUGUUCAGAGGAUGUCCUCGGACCUGGUGCGCAGCAUUAAGGAAUGCUUAACUCUGAUAAUCAAAUGCUCCUGCUUGAAGCAGAGCAGCUCGAAAGCCAGACAGCUGUACAAGCCCGUCCUGCAGCCUCAUGAGCGGGUGACAGCACAGGAGUUUCUGCAGCAUAUCGAAAGAGGUUUUGAAAUGUCACCACUUGGAAAGGACCCUCUGGAAGCCUUGAGGACCUUAGCUUUCUCAGAAAACCCGGGUUUACAGCAGUCUGCUGCUCUCUAUUACUUGCACAUGAGCCAGCACAUGAAUAUUCCCCUGCCAGCAGAGCAUCUGGAACCCUUCUAUGCCUUACUACGGUCUGCUGACCUGGAGGUGCAACAGAUGUCUUCCUUGUCCCUUGUCAACUUUUUGCUGGAAGGAAAUAUUGACAAAGAACUGGUUGUGCAAAUGGGUUUACUUGAGCCAAUUCUGGACCUACUUGAGUCAGAGGAUCCCACUGUCCAGUGUAAUUCCUGUGCCUGCACCAUGACUUUGGCUGUUUCAGAAUCCAACCGAGAUGCUAUUGGUGCAGCCCGAGGAGUUACACCCCUACUGUCUCUUGCCAAUUCCUAUGAUCCCAGAGUCCAACAAAAUGCAGUUGGUGCAAUUCUCAACCUCACACAAUCAGAGAGGAUCCAACAGGUCCUAUGCAAGGAAGGAGCCCUGCCGGUUCUCAUCUUUCUGCUGGAGUCUCCUGACUCAGAAGUGCAGUAUUACAGCUGUGCUGCCCUGAGUAACAUAGCAGCGAAUGCUCAGCACCACGAAGCCAUGCUGAGAACUGGUGACAGAUUUCUGCUCCGUGCACUCACCGCUCUCUUAUCCUCCCCUGUGGACAAGCAGGUGUCAAGCCAGGCAUGUGUUUGCCUAAGAAAUUUGGCUACCAGUGUGGACACCCAGGCUGAGAUGGUCUCCCAGGAUGUCCUGCUCAAGCUGUGCUCUCUCCUGGCCUCUGGCAGCGAGGACGUGCGGCGUGCAUCCAUCGCCCUGCUCUGGAUACUGUCCCAGCACCCGCACAACCAGGAUGCUCUGGUGUGUGCAGAGCUGCUGCAGAGCCUGGGUACGCUCCUGUCAGCACACACGACAGACCCUGUGAUUGCUGGCCAUGCUGCUUGUAUCAUCAAAAACCUGAGCCUUUCCAAAAACAGGCAGAGAAUCAUCGAGAGCCUGUGUGUUGAAGGUCUCCUCCAGGCCAUGCUUUCUGUUGACAUUCGAGAAGACUCUCUUCAUUACGUGACGUCUUGCCUUGCUGAGCUGACAAAGCAAGAAGGAGCCACGUUACGCAUGGUCCAACGGAUGGAUGAACCCCUGACAAAGUGCUUGGUGAGACUGGCUGGCCAACUGGAGCAUACCGAGCCAUCCUUCCAGGCUGCCUCCAUCAUCCAGCACAUGACGGACCACGAAAAAAUGAUGUGUUUGCUGAAGUGUCACAUCACAGAGAUUCAAGCCUACCUCGAGAAUUUUCUUACGCACCAAGAGAUUCGCUUCCAGCAGCUGGGCAUUUCCACGUUCUGCAGGUUGCAAGCAGAUCCAGAAUUCUCAUUAGCAUUCAGGAAAAGCCAAAUGGCCAAACUCCUUGAGCAAGUCCGCCAACAAACAGAAGAAACACAAGAGCUCCUUAGGGCAGCUCUUUGCCACACAGAGAGUUAG